UGAUAACUUCUUCCCCCGUCUCCCUCAUUAAGCUUGGUCUAGUUACUACUAGACCCGCUGUUGCUGUGGACUGAGCUCUCUCGUUGCGCGAAACCCUUCCGACGAACUGGGUCCUGACCUCUGAGCGACCGAUUCCCCUUUCUCAGUCUCGCUCUCUCUCCCUUCUGCAAGAGAAAAUUGUGUUGCUUUCCUCGACCCGCUUCAAUUGGGAUAGCUUCAACUUCCGUUUUCUUCUUCCUCUCCUUCCUUUUUCUCUCUUUCCCUUUUACUUUUUUAAUACGUGCGCUUAACGACAGUCUUUCGCAAUGGCCUCCAAGUUCCUCAGAGAGUACAAAUUGGUUGUUGUCGGAGGUGGUGGUGUCGGAAAGUCAUGCCUCACGAUUCAAUUGAUUCAGAGUCACUUUGUUGAUGAAUAUGAUCCGACAAUUGAAGAUUCGUACCGCAAGCAGUGUGUCGUCGACGAUGAGGUCGCUUUGUUGGACGUCCUGGAUACUGCUGGUCAGGAGGAAUACUCGGCAAUGCGUGAACAGUACAUGCGAACCGGCGAAGGCUUCCUGUUGAUCUACUCCAUCACAUCGCGCCAAUCCUUCGAAGAAAUCAUGACCUUCCAACAACAAAUCCUGCGUGUCAAGGACAAGGACUACUUCCCCAUUAUUGUGGUCGCCAACAAGUGCGAUUUGGAGAAGGAGCGUGCCGUCUCGCAAGAAGAGGGUGAGGAAUUGGCUCAUCAAUUCGGCUGCAAAUUCAUCGAAACAUCAGCAAAGUCGCGCAUCAACGUCGAGAACGCCUUCUACGACCUUGUCCGUGAGAUCCGCCGGUACAACAAAGAGAUGUCAAACCCCUCCGGAUCGGGCGCAUUCGGUUCGCGCGCCCCUGAAGGCAAGAUGGACGUGAGCGAGCCAGGUGAAAGCGCUGGCUGCUGCGGAAAAUGCAUUAUUAUGUAAUGGAAUUGGCGUUGGACUUUUUGAAUGGCGGACGCAAGACGCUCGGCACGAAAAACGCCACCAUCUCGAGUCGAAACGAACAACCCAAGGGAUAAAACAAAAGAAAAAAAGACCCCCCAAAAAAAAAGUUGACUCGGUAUCAACCUCUGUGCCGCCUUGCGAGCUUCAGCUUGCAAUUUGUCAAUGCGUCCGUGACGUGAUUUUAAUAACCUACGAGGCCUGCCACCAGAUGAUGUCUGCUUACUCCCGUAUAAUGCCGCCAUCGUCUCCAUGAUUGUUCGAUUCCCCCUUUGUUUUGUUGGUUUUUUGGAAAGGUUGUUGAUGUUACUUUUUGUUAAUGGGCAAACGAA